GCAUUUUGGUAGCAAUCGGCUCACAGGCACAAUCUCCACAGGGUUAAGCUCUCUUACAAACCUUUUAAGCCUUGACCUCUCAUCCAACAAGCUUACAGGCAGCAUCCCUGUUGGUCUCACUGCCCUCAAACAGCUGUACAAUCUUGCGUUGUCAUACAACCAGCUCUCAGGAAGCAUCCCUGCUGGAAUCAGUGCCCUCACUCAACUGAACGUUCUGCCACUUCGCAGCAACAACCUUACUGGAUCUAUCCCAGCAGAGCUCAGCCUUAUGCCAUCCUUGAAUGAUCUUGAUCUUUCGUGCAACCAGCUCACAGGCAGCAUCCCUGGUAGCUUCAGUGACCUAACUAGCAUGAAUAAAUUAAAUGUCUCCAACAAUCAGCUCAGUGGGUCACUUGACGUAGUUGCCUCUAUUGGUGUUAACUAUCUCUAUUCCCUUGACCUCUCGUGCAACCAGUUCUCAGGGAGCAUCCCAGCUGCCUUCAGUGAUUUAAAAAGACUGGGAGCAUUAAAUGUCUCUUUCAAUCAACUCAACGGCUCACUUGAAGCUAUAGAAACUAUUACUGCCCUCUAUUCCAU